CGCCAAGUAAGCAUCGUUAAAGUCUCCCCUCCCACCGCCGUCAUGUCUAAGUCAGAGUCUCCCAAAGAGCCUGAACAGCUGCGGAAGCUCUUCAUCGGAGGUCUGAGCUUUGAAACAACCGAUGAGAGUCUGAGGAGCCAUUUUGAGCAAUGGGGAACACUUACGGACUGUGUGGUAAUGAGAGAUCCGAACACCAAGCGCUCCAGAGGCUUUGGGUUUGUCACAUAUGCCACUGUGGAGGAGGUGGAUGCAGCCAUGAAUGCAAGGCCACACAAGGUGGAUGGAAGAGUUGUGGAACCAAAGAGGGCUGUCUCAAGAGAAGAUUCUCAAAUACCUGGUGCCCACUUAACUGUGAAAAAGAUUUUUGUUGGUGGCAUUAAAGAAGACACUGAAGAACAUCAUCUAAGAGAUUAUUUCGAACAGUAUGGGAAAACCGAAGUGAUUGAGAUCAUGACUGACCGAGGCAGUGGCAAAAAGAGGGGUUUUGCUUUUGUAACAUUUGAUGACCAUGAUUCUGUAGACAAGAUUGUCAUUCAAAAAUACCAUACUGUGAAUGGCCACAACUGUGAAGUAAGGAAAGCGCUCUCUAAGCAAGAGAUGGCUAGUGCUUCAUCCAGCCAAAGAGGUCGAAGUGGUUCUGGAAACUUUGGUGGUGGUCGUGGAGGUGGUUUUGGUGGGAAUGACAACUUUGUUCGUGGAGGAAACUUCAGUGGUCGAGGUGGCUUUGAUGGCAGUCGAGGUGGUGGUGGAUAUGGUGGCAGUGGGGAUGGCUAUAACGGAUUUGGUAAUGAUGGAAGCAACUUUGGAGGUGGCGGAAGCUAUAAUAAUUUUGGCAAUUACAACAAUCAAUCCUCAAAUUUUGGACCCAUGAAAGGAGGCAAUUUUGGAGGCAGGAGAGGAGAGCCAGAGAAGUGACAGGGAAGCUACAGGUUACAACAGAUUUGUGAACUCAGCCAAGCACAGUGGUGGCAGGGCCUAGCUGCUACAAAGAAGACAUGUUUUAGACAAUACUCAUGUGUAUGGGGAAAAAAACUCGAGGACUGUAUUUGUGACUAAUUGUAUAACAGGUUAUUUUAGUUUCUGUUCUGUGGAAAGUUUAAAGCAUUCCAACAAAGGGUU